UGUUUUAGACUCUACUUUUCUGCCCUGGGGCACUGUGUGAGGCAAGCUAGUCCUCUAGGUGUUUUGGACUUCAACUCCCAGAAACCUCAGCUGCCUCGGCCAAUUUUAUAUAUAUAUAUACAAUAUAAUUUACAAUAAAUAUAUAAAGUGGACAGGGCGGGGGCUAGUCUAAUCUUCUUGGGAAGAGUUCCAGUAUUGGCUGGGGCUGGGCUGUGGCGCAGGCUGGUAAAGCAGCCUGCUGCAAUAAAUCACUCUGACCAGGAGGUCAUGAGUUCGAGGCCAGCCCGUGGCGGGGUGAGCACCCGUCAGUUAAAAAUAAAAAAUAGGCCUGCUCGUUGCUGACCUAGCAACCCAAAAUAUAGUUGCAUCUAUCAAGUAGGAGAUAAGGUACCACGUAUAAAAAGUGAGGAGGCAAAUUUAACUAAUUUACAACGUUGUAAUGAGGAAGUGCGGUCAGAGUGGAUUAUGAAGCAGCUGCUCCCCCUGUGGCCAGAAUCGAAAUCCCCUCAGGAGAAGGUUAAAUUGCCUCUGCAUCUGCCUGUCUUGGUUCUAUGUAUAUGGGCAUUGAAUGUUUGCCCUGUGUGUGUAUAAUGUGAUCUGCCCUGAGUCCCCUUCGGGGUGAGAAGGGCGGAAUAUAAAUGCUGUAAAUAAAUAAAUAAUAAAUAUUGGAUCACACAUAUACUUCCCAAGUGUCUAGGACUAUGUGGUGUAUCAGCGAAUAAUGUGUGCAGAUCUGAGUAGAGUGGCCUUUUGCAGCUGACAGAUGGUAAAUUUGUCAGUGCAGAUUGUUUUUAAAUGUAGGCCAAGGUCUUUAUGCACUACACCCAGUGUGCUGAUCACCACUGGGACCAACUUUACUGGCUUGUGCCAAUAACAACAACAGCAACAAUAACAAUUAUUAUUAUUAUUAGUGUAUACAUUUUGAGAUAAUCUUUCUAUAGUGAGGAUGGGUGAAUCUACCUUCCUUGUAUAUAUAUAUCGGAUGAAAACAUGUUGAACCCAAAGGUAGGGUGAGGAGCAUUCAGUAGAAGUCUUUCUCAUUUCACCUGGAUAAAAUCUUCAGUCUGUCCAAUGCAAGAUUUUGAAAUUAGCCACCACACUGCUGUGCGUGGGAUGUGUGUCCUUGGGAGUGUUUGCUACAGAGCAGUUAAUCUGGUUUAUGUGCUGAAUGCCACUGGUUUCUUGUUGUGGGAAUUGCUGUAGAAAGAUAGGAACUCUGGGUUCAGCCUGGAAACCUGACCAAUCAUGGAAAAAUAUCAGUAAAAUUGUAAAGGUAACUGGAUCACUUAUUCUUGGCGGUUGUAUGUUUGCUGCGUAUGAAGUUCUGGCUUUAAAGAAAUCGCUGUCUUUUGAUACUCAAGUUGCACAGCAAGAAAAACUGAAGUCCUACAUCUAUUUACCAUCAGUUUCUUUAGAUACCAAUGGAUAUCAAGGCAUUACCUACCAGGUGAGAAAAGAACUUCACAGAGCAGCAAGGAAAAUUCUAGAAACAACUGCUAGAAUUUUUCGAAGACCAUUUGAUGAACGCUUCAGCACAUUUGAUGCAGAAGAGCAUGAGUGUGCCUUGUGGUUGCUUGUGAAAAGAAGUCAGUCAGGAGAUAAAAAGGUCCGAUUAAAAGCUGUAGAGGAACUGGCCUCCAAUCAGUAUUGGCGUGAUUAUCAGUAUAGAACAGCUGCCCAAGCCAUUGAUGAUAGAACAGCUGUUGGAUUAGCACGAACUAAAGAUGUUGACCUGCGAUUUUUCCUGUCACCUGUUCUUUUACGAAGACCAAAAGGCGUGUGUUCUUUAGAAGAUGAACUUCGUCUACUGUUAGCAGCUUUACCUCAGACAGACCUUGACCAAUGUGUACAAUAUUUUACAUCUUUAGCUUUAAGAGAAAGUAGUCAGACUAUUGCUGCACAAAAGGGCGGGUUAUGGUGUUUUGGUGGAAAUGGGCUUCCUUAUUGUGAAAGUCUCAGUACUGUUCCUGCAAAGACAGUAGAACUUUUCUGUCUGCAAGCUUUGGUACAACAUUCCAAGGUCCCUAGUCAUUGUGAUGGAAUUGAAUCAAAUAGAGGGCUUCAGCUGCUGCAGAAACUAUACUGUCUUCGUAGAGAUUCCCCCAAUAUUCAGAGGAAUAUCAUUCACAUAAUUGGAAACAUGGCACUAAAUGAACAACUUCAUUCUUCUAUAUCUCGUGCAGGUUGGAUUUCAGUAUUAGCACGUAUGAUGAAAUCUCCACAUGUUAUGGAAUCCUCUCAUGCCGCCAGAGCCCUGGCCAAUCUAGAUCGGGAAACAGUGCAAGAGACAUAUCCAGAUGGAGUAUAUCUUUUACACCCACAAUAUCGAACUAGCGACCCCAUUAAAGCAGAUGUCCUUUUUGUUCAUGGCCUUUUGGGAGCAGCCUUUAAAACAUGGAGGCAGCAGGAUGUUGACCAGCUUGCCUCUGAAAAGGAAGUGGAUACAGAAGAUGAUUAUAGUGAAUGCUGGCCAAAGACGUGGUUAGCAUCUGACUGCCCCUCACUUAGAAUUAUAUCUGUGGAAUAUGACACCCACCUGAGUGACUGGAAAACAAAAUGCCCUGUGGAGAGCUACAGGGAGUCUUUGGCCUACAGGAGUACUGAACUUCUGAAGAAACUGAGGGCUGCUGGUAUUGGAGACAGACCACUCAUCUGGCUAUCACAUAGCAUGGGGGGUCUUCUAGUCAAGAAAAUGCUGUUGGAUGCUUCCACGGACCCAGGAAUGGACUGCAUUAUAAAUAAUACUCGAGGGAUUGUGUUUUAUAGUGUUCCUCAUCAUGGCUCCCGCUUGGCUGAAUACUCAGUAAAUGUUAGAUUUCUGCUCUUUCCUUCUGUGGAGGUUAAAGAACUCAGCAAAGAUUCUCCUGCUCUCAAAGCACUGAAUGAUGACUUUCUGGCUUUUGCCAAAGAGAAGAAUCUUCCUGUAUUGAGUUUUGCAGAAACAAUGCCAACACGAGUUGGUCGAAUGCUGAGCCUGCAUGUGGUGCCAGUAGAAUCUGCAGAUUUAGGCAUAGGAGAACUCAUCCCAGUGGAAGUGAGCCACUUGAAUAUUUGCAAACCAAAAAACAAGGACUCUUUUCUCUACCAACACACUUUAAAAUUUAUUCAAGACGCUUUAGCACAGGAGCUGGGCAAACAAUGAACUGUAUACUUUUUGCUUAUUUUGAUGAGAUAUCUGAUUUAAUUUUGAAAAACUCUUGUUUUGAUAAUGUGGCUGGACUGACAGAGAUGCUUAUGUUAUUAUCAUUGUUCAGCUGAAUGUUUCAAAAGAAUUCCUAAUAGCAGGCCCCUGGAGCAUGAGCAUAAAUGCCGAGUGCCAUCCAUCUUAGACAAUCCAUGGCACUUUUCUCAGACAAUCCAUGGCUUCCCUGUGUACUGUGUAUGUUUUCCUGUAAUGAUAAGGAUCGAUAAGGAAGUAGUUACUUGAGUUUCCUUUGGAGGCUUUGACUCUCUCCUAGGAAAUGUACAAAAUAUUCCGUUAACACUUCUCUUUUCCCUUUGGGAUCACCCUCAUCAUCCUUGAAAGCCAGAUGUACAGAUCACAUGCAUUCUGUUUGCCCUAUUCUCUUUUGCUCUAUUUUCAUUUUAGUCAUCUAUGUAGAGCCAGCCUUCUAUAAAGGGGUUAGAGCUGCAAGAAUUCUGUGAAAGUGGACAAACAGUGAAUUAAAAAAAGUUAUUUUUAUCUUAGGGAAAAAACCUCUCUUAAGAAUCUCUAGAUCCUCCAGUGAGAUUGUGGCCCACUUUUGACAUAAGUUGACCAUAGGCUUGGGCUGGAGGACCUACAGAUUCCAUGAGAGAAAUCACAAUCAGAUUUGUGAAUAAUCGAAUCUACAAAGUUAUAUGACAAAUGUAGAGGGUUGUCUGAAUACUGAUCAGGGACGAAACGAGUGAGUGCAAACCAUUACUUUCUCUGCAUAUGUGAUGUCGGUAGUCAAUACACUGAAAUAGUAUACCUGUUUUACCCCAGAAAGUUGAAAUCUUUUUAACCAUCAGUGCUUCUGCACUGAAAAUGGUAGACCAUUUUAUAAGAAAUACAUCAAAGUAUAGUCUCUGUAGCACUAUUCCCUUGGCACCUGAUUUUUCUGCAGUCAACUAGAAUCCUGUGUGAAGGAAAGAAACUUCCAAAUGGUUUUAUCCUGCAUGAGAGGCUGCAUUAAUGUAAGAAGCAUUAGAACUACUCCUUUGAUUGAUCCUCAGUGACAUAAUUCAGGCAUUCCAUCAAACUGUGGGAUGUUUCAGAUAAUCAGGUAACUUAUACUAAAGACCACUUCCCUUGUACUCCAUUUGUUUAACACUCCCUUCUUGAGCUGCACUGGUCUCUACAUAUGAAGCAACAGCAGCCAUAAAUGAUGGUCAACUGAUAGGAAAUCAUUACAAACCAUAACUCACUCUGAUUGUUGUUGAUUUGCCAGUUUCCAAUAAUAAUAAACCAUUAUUCGGGCAUUGCA